AUGCCAGACCACAUUGCCGCCACCGAGCCCCAUAGCUUUAUGGCCCAUUCCAAUGCCGAAACCAGCGCCUCCAGCUACGCCACCCACAGAAACAACUUUGACAAGUCUAUGCGCCAGCUCGACACUUUGAAUUUCACCCGUGGAGAAGGUCCGGACCAGAGGAAGCUCCUGCAGCUUUUGGAACGGCAGGUUCGGUUGGUGGGGGCAAAGCAGUACAUGAAUGCCAAGUUUGGGGCUGGGACUCUUCAAUAUGUCGCAGGACUGUACACCAUGAUGGCUGCGUCUAUUGCCGAAGAGAUCUAG